GCCAAACGAUGGUGCUUCGAAACGUCGCGACCGCCAACAAGGCGAGGACGCCUCAAGCUAGCAAAAACGCCGAAAAAAAAGACCGUCCAGGCUCCACAUUGUCUGCUCAAGAUAGUUAUAUAUAACGAGGAACACUCUACUCUCUCAAUUCGCAGGUAAUCAUCAUCAGUUCCCGCUGUGCCGGCCGCCGCGCAAAACUCCCUCCAGCAUGCAAGCGACACCAAAGGGCGACCACGGUCCUUACCAUCCUCCCUCCAAUGUUGAGCUCGAAUACAGAUAUAAGAUGGAGAAAGCAACUUUUCCCCUGGGAGCUUUGAAAUUCUUGGAGAAUUUCAUGCGACUUGUCUGUUCCGAGCAGGACCGGCUUAAGAAGUUGGAGAAGGUUGGGGAGUGGAAGUGGCAAGUAACGGGAUUCAGCGCGUUACGCUUCUGCCCAUUCGUAGAUCCUGGCGCACCCAUCCAGCAGGUUGACUUGGGUAUCACAUGGCCGAUCAACAUUUUUUUUGACGUGGUCAAAAUAUUGAUGUUACGAGGAUCCAUUGAGGAUCAUUCAUUUCAGAUCGUAGCACCUCCCCUCGGCCUUGCAUUCCCUGACGAUACUAGUAAAGCACCAUCACGCCAACCGGUCGAGAUCAUGCUUCAUUACCACGGCCAUGGCAGAGAUCCAGACAGCUUACCGAUCUGUGUACGGCAUGAUAGAGGUGCGCAAAGGUCCCGAUUCCGAGUUCCGAGGCAAUUAUUUGAAGAGCUAACAAGGUCGGCGCAGGACCGGGAGCGUUUUCUGACGGGUCGGUCUUCCAUGUUCAAAGUCUCCUCGUCGCACGACCACACAAGAUGUUGCAGGAUAUGCUGGUGGCAUAUUACGAAGUGCCGGAGGGCGAAAACAAACGGAAAGAAAGAUAUUAUUGUGAGAUUGGAAACAUUCUGGUAGAACUCCGCCACAAAAUAUCAAAUGAGGCGCCCUUGAAUGGAUUCUUAUACGG